AUGCUCUCCCUGCCGCUCCCUGACGCCGGUGUCUCGCCUUCCGGCAGGCGCGUCGCCGUGAUCGCUGGAGUGGGCGCCGCCGGACGCGGCGUUGACAUAACCGGGGGCCGCAGACUCGUUCUGCGCGCCAACGGCUGGCUGACCCGUGUGCGGGGUAACCCGCGCACGGGGAAGCUUCACGGGUUCGAGUCGUCAAACACUAAGCAGCGGAGAGGCCGCAACAACACCGUGGCGUCGCGGAACGGCACGCGGCACGCCGAGCUCGAGGCGAUCGACCGGAUGCUCGACGUCGACGGCGUGCCGCCCGAGUCGCUGGGCCUGCGCGUGUCGCGCGUGGUGUUCGGCGCGGCGAACGACAAGUUUGGCGGCUGCGGCUCCGUCCUCUCCCUGCACGCCGACGGCGGAGCGAGCGCCGCUGGCGACCCGCCCUACCCCGCCGUGGGCGGCGUGAGGAAGGCAGAGGCGGUGGCGCUGCUGCGGCUCUUUUACGCGCAGGAGAACCAGAAUGCGCCGCAGCCGCAGAAGCGCACGCGCAAGCAGCUCGAGCUCGGCGCCGAGGCGGCGAGGGAAACGCAGCGCCUGCCCGGGAGCGAGCGGGGAGGGAGAGAACCAGACUCGUAG